AUGAUUAAGCAUCAAAGAAGUCGUAAAAUUUUGUAGUAAUAUUAAAAGACUUUCAUCGAGAUCAAGAAUUUAUCUCACAUAGUCUCAUUGAUAGCCGGUUAGAUCGACUCAUACCCACAAAUCGUUGAGUUAACUUCAAUAAAGUUCCCUGAGUUCAAUAGAAAGAGGGAAAAUAUGCACCAAAACAUUGAAAAUCUUCUUGAUGACACAAGCAAAAAUACUAUUCCACAGUCCAGUACAAAUGAAUUAUCGUAAUUGCUAGAAAAUAAAUUCAAAAUCCUAAUGCCCUAUAUCCCCUCACAAUGCUUUACUCUAGCGAUGCUCUACAUAGAUAAAGUGACAAAAGUCUCCACAGUUUCCUUAAUGAUUGCUUUUAAGUAUUAUUGUGAGACUCAAGAAUUGCUACGCAACUCCGACUUCUCCAGACUUAUCGGGGUUGAUUGCAAAGAGCUAUUGAGUAUGGAGCUAGCCUUUUUAGGCAUGCUAGAGUACAAAACAUAUGUUAGUCAUAAGGAAUUUGUUUCCUAUAAGAAGUCAAUACAGCUGCUUCUACCUAAAAAGUAGGAGACAGAGAUUAGCACUAAGAUUGAUAAAUCAGGCGCUAAGGGCAAGCCACUAAGAAAGAUAUCAAGCAAGUAAAGUAUGCAGAGUGAUCACUCUCAUGAUACUACUAUCUCCGAACAAAGGCUCGAGGAAGAUAUGCACGAACUCUACACUUCAAACCAGCACUUUUAGCACGACAUCGACUCAAGCGAUAGUGAAUUAUUUGAUUGCUUAGAAAAUUUGGAGUCUUUAUUCUGA